CGGCGCCUGCCCUCGGCUUCCUGCCGCCCUCUGGCAGAGGUCUCGGCGGUUUACGGACGUGGCUCUCAGGUCACAGCCGGUUCCCGAAGCGGUGGUCGCCGGACGCGGCGGGGAUUUUGGCAGGGCCAUGGCAGCGGGCGAGCGGGCGGCGGAGCCCCCGGCGGAGCUCAGCCACUACGUGGUGGCGCGGCCCAUCUACAGCGCGGCCGCCUUCCAGGAGCAGCACGAGCGGCGGCCGCCGCCGCCCCCCGCGCUCCGCCAGCGGGUGCAGGCGGCCUGCAGCUGCUCAAAAAAAAAGGCCUUUGGGAUUGCCAAGUCCUUCCUGCCCAUCCUGGACUGGCUCCCCGGCUACCGCCUGAAGGAGUGGCUGGUCAGCGAUAUCAUCUCCGGGGUCAGCACGGGCCUCGUGGCCACCCUGCAAGGUUUGGCAUACGCUUUGCUGGUCUCAGUUCCUGUUGGAUAUGGUCUCUAUUCUGCCUUUUUUCCUAUCUUGACAUACUUUUUCCUGGGAACAUCAAGGCACAUCUCAGUUGGUCCGUUUCCUGUAGUCAGUUUGAUGGUGGGAUCUGUCGUAUUGAGCAUGGCCCCCGAUGAUGAUUUUCUCAUAGAUAGCAGUAAUGCUACAGGGGCUAACGAUACUGAGCUACUGAUAGACACUGACUCCAGAGAUGCCCAGAGAGUGCUGAUAGCCAGCACCCUCACAUUUCUGGUUGGAAUUUUACAGGUAGUGUUUGGAGUCCUUCAGAUUGGUUUCAUUGUGAGGUACCUUGCAGAUCCGCUAGUUGGGGGAUUCACAACUGCAGCUGCUUUUCAAGUGUUUGUGUCACAGUUGAAAAUAGUCUUAAAUGUUUCAACUCAGAACUAUAAUGGUGUCCUUUCCAUAAUAUAUACUCUUAUUGAAAUAUUUGAAAGAAUUGGUACCACCAACAUUGCAGAUCUUAUUGCUGGACUCCUCACCAUUUUUGUCUGCAUGGUAGUUAAAGAAAUAAAUGAUCGGUUCAAACACAAGAUACCUAUACCUAUACCGAUAGAAGUUAUUGUGACAAUAGUAGCCACUGGCAUUUCAUACGCUGCCAACUUGAAAGAAAAAUACAAUGCUGGCGUUGUCGGGACCAUUCCUAGUGGAUUUUUGCCUCCUGCACCUCCAGCUGUUGGCAUGUUUUCCCAGAUGAUAGCAUCCUCAUUUUCCAUUUCUAUCGUUGCUUACGCUAUUGCAGUCUCUGUGGGGAAAGUAUACGCAACGAAAUAUGACUAUGCUAUUGAUGGAAACCAGGAGUUUAUUGCCUUUGGGAUCAGCAACAUUUUUUCAGGAGCCUUCUCUUGUUUUGUUGCAACUACUGCUCUUUCACGGACUGCAGUCCAAGAAAGCACUGGUGGAAAGACUCAGGUGGCUGGUAUCAUCUCAGCUGGGAUUGUUCUGAUUGCCAUCGUUGCCCUGGGGAAAUUGCUAGAGCCCUUACAAAAGUCUGUGUUGGCAGCUGUAGUCAUAGCCAACUUGAAAGGGAUGUUCAUGCAAGUGUUUGAUGUUCCUCGUCUGUGGAGACAGAAUAAAGUGGAUGCUAUAAUCUGGGUUUUUACAUGUAUAGCAUCCAUCAUUUUGGGACUUGAUCUGGGAUUACUUGCUGGCCUUUUGUUUGGAUUGCUGACAGUCGUGCUGAGAGUUCAGUUUCCCUCAUGGGGUGGCUUUGGGAACAUUCCUGGCACAGAUAUCUACAGGAAGGUCAAGGAAUACAAAAAUGUUAUAGAACCAGAAGGAGUGAAAAUUCUCAGGUUUUCAAGUCCACUUUUUUAUGCUAACAUUGAUGGACUGAAAAGCAGCCUCAAGUCCACAGUGGGAUUUGAUGCAGUUAAGGUUUACAAUAAGAGACUUAAAGCACUGAGAAAGAUACAAAAGCUAAUCAAGAAGGGGAAAUUAAAAGCUACUAAGAAUGGCAUCAUCAGUGAGCCUGGUAUUAAUAAUGAAGCUUUUGAGCCUGAUGAGGAACCUGAAGACAAUGAAGAUCUUCAAGUUCCCACCAAAGAAGUAGAAAUCCAAGUGGACUGGAAUUCAGAACUCCCAGUCAAAGUAAAUGUCCCCAAGGUGCCCAUCCACAGUCUCAUUUUUGAUUUGGGAGCAGUGUCCUUCCUGGAUAUUGUAGCUGUGAAAUCAAUAAGAACGGAUUUUCUAUGGCUAGUAUCUGAGUCCUUCAUCAACAUUACUCCAUUCAUCUUCAAACAUCACUCUGAGAUAAUUAGAGAGUUUGAGAGAAUUGAUGUAAGAGUAUACUUUGCUUCGUAUCAAGACAACCUUAUUUCACAACUGGAACAGAGUGCCUUCUUUGAUGAUAUUGCCAGAAAAGACAUGUUCUUCUUGACUGUUCAUGAUGCUGUGCUCUACAUAAGGAAUCAAAUGGCAUACAGUGACAACCAGGAUCCUAUAUUUGAGAAGAUUUCACUCAUGCAGGAGUCUAAAGAACCAAUAGAAUUCACAGAGACGAGCGGGCCUGACAAUGAACUUGAUGUUCAGGAAGAGGCUAUGCGCAGACUUGCUUCAUGAAGAAUUGCUGGUACUGUCACACCUGCGAACUCGCAGCAUUAUUUAUGCACCGGUAUUAUAUAAGCAUUUUCUGAAAUGGAACCAAUCUUUGCACUUGAAGAAAACCCUGAUUCCUUGUCUGAAUGAUGCAGAUCUCUAGAAAUCUCCAAAUUUGACUACCACUAUCCCUGAAAUACUCUGGACUGAUUCAGUGAGCAAUUUCUGAUCUGAUGCAUUGAUAAAAAAUUUAAAAAACUAUUACAAAAGAUGUAAUCAGUUUUGGGACUAGUCGGGGGAAGGUGCAUCACACUGUUACACCAGUGUGUACCAGAAGAAAAGCUGCUUUGUGUUAACCUGGCCCAGGGAAGUUGAAGAGACUCAAAUGUUUUGAUCAGAGGCCUUUUGUUAUGUGUUUGUACAGUGUCUAGCGAGAGGGCAGGAGUUCUAGCUGGCCAAGGCUUUGCAACCCUAGAACAUUAGGGUGACCAUACUUGUUGACAAAAGUAUUGAAAAAAUGCAUUUUGAUAGUUCCUUCCAAGCAAUUCCUUGAAUUGCUGCAGGUUGUUAGAUACCUGAAACAUGGGACAGGUGAAACAUUCACACAAACACAAAACUGUGUACCGAACUACUAUAAAGCAAUAGUUAGGAUAAGUUUCAAUAGAAAAGGCCCUUGGACAGUGGUUCAUCAUUUCUGCAUUAAUCCCAUUGUAGCAAAUCAUGCACUACCGUUAAUGAAAAAUUAACAAGUAUAAAAAAAUCAAGUACACACAAAAGAUUAUUUUGGGUAGGUUAUGUAUCUAUCGCUGAUCAAAAGGCAGAUCAUGACACAGAUGAACAAAAACCAUAUUCCACAAAUAUUUAAUGAAAUUUGUAGAACAGGCUGCUACAGAAUGCAAGUAAAAGUCAGAAUGGGAGCUAGUAUAAAGUUUUUUAAUGAAUUAUAGGAGUUUAGUUAGUUUAAUGAAGUUAUAUUUUUAUAUAGCAUAUAUAUAUUUUAAUAUUCUACAUCAAACAGCUGCUGUUCUUCUACAGGAAAUGUAUAGACAUUUGGCAGUCCAUAAUGCUUAAGUGCAAUAAUUUACACAAGACAGGAUUCAAACUGUAAAAUUUUAAUGCUUGAUUUUAAGACUAUAUAAAACACAUAUGCAAGAAAUCAAUGAUGUUCACUUUCAUGAAGAAACUUGUUUUGAUGGAAAAUAAACUGCUACCUUAAAUAUUUUAGCACUAUAUUAAUUUUUAAAAUGGAGAAAAACCUGUGUUGGUGAAGGAAUAUGUAAUACCAAAAGUAUAAUAAAUACAGACUCUAAAAUCUCUUUGA